CUCGCACACACACGCACAUACACUAACACACAUUCGUUCACAUUCUCUCUCACACACACACACACACAUGGAGUACUACUGCACCCUCCUACUCUGGACUCUUUGCAGCAUGCUGCCAGGGUUCCAUGACUGUUUCAACAUCGACACCAGCAACCACAGGAUCAUAAAGGGCCCCAGGCAGGCACAGUUUGGCUACACUGUCCAACAACACAUGACAGGGGGACAGAAGUGGUUACUGGUAGGAGCCCCACUGGAAACUAAUGGGCAGCAUCAGACAGGAGACGUGUACAAAUGUCCCUUAAGCAGAAAAUCUGGUGGGCCCAGCUGCACCAAACUCAAUCUUGGAAGGAUAUCCUUGACAAAUGUCUCUGAGCGAAAGGAUAAGAUGAGACUUGGAAUGACCCUUUCUUCUAACCCUAAAGAUAACAGCUUUGUGGCUUGUGGACCCCUUUGGUCAUACGAAUGUGGCAGCUCAUACUACAGCACUGGAAUUUGCUCCAGAGUCAAUGCCAGCUUCAAAUUUUCCCGCACUAUCGCUCCUGCUUUCCAAAGGUGUGAGACAUACAUGGACAUAGUGAUAGUCUUGGAUGGUUCAAAUUCAAUCUACCCUUGGAAUGAAGUCCAAGAUUUCCUUAUCAAUAUCCUGCGGAAGUUUUAUGUUGGACCAGGACAGAUUCAGGUUGGAGUGGUGCAGUAUGGAGAAAAAGUGGUGACUGAGUUUCACCUGAAUGACUUUCGCUCUGUGGAGGAUGUGGUCAAAGCAGCCCGUAAGAUAGGCCAGCGAGGAGGAGAAGAAACCAACACUGCAUUGGGAAUCAGUGUUGCACGCUCACAGGCCUUUAAACAGGGAGGUAGAAGAGGAGCAAAAAAGGUGAUGAUUGUCAUUACCGAUGGUGAAUCACAUGACAGCCCUGACCUGCAGCAGGUCAUCGAGGACAGCGAGAAGGAUGGCAUCACCCGAUAUGCCAUUGCUGUACUGGGCUACUAUAACCGCAGAAGCAUCAACCCUGAAGCUUUCCUCAAUGAGAUCAAGUACAUUGCUAGCGACCCUGAUGAUAAGCAUUUUUUUAAUGUGACAGACGAGGCAGCUUUGAAGGACAUUGUGGAUGCUCUGGGAGAAAGGAUCUUCAGUUUAGAGGGGACUAGCAAGAAUGGGACAGCAUUUGGACUCCAGAUGUCUCAGGCUGGCUUCUCUACGCACAUAGUGGAGGAUGGUAUUUUAGUGGGAGCUGUAGGGGCUUACGACUGGAAUGGAGCUGUGCUGAAGGAGACACGUCAGGGUAAAGUGGUUCCAUUAAAGUCCUCCUAUGAACAAGAGUUUCCAGAGGAACUGAAGAACCAUGGGGCGUACCUAGGUUACACAGUGACCUCUGUAGUGUCAGCUCGCAGUGGUCAGUUAUAUGUCGCAGGGGCUCCAAGGUUUAACCACACAGGCAAGGUCAUCAUCUUCACGCUGAAAAAUACCGGAGAGCUCACUAUAUUACACUCACUGAAGGGACAGCAGAUAGGAUCAUACUAUGGCAGUGAGAUUGCUCCAGUUGACAUCGAUGAUGAUGGAAUAACAGAUAACCUGCUGGUGGCUGCACCAAUGUUCUUCAGUGGAGGAUGGGAGAAAGGCAAAGUCUACAUAUACAGAGUGACAGAGCAGCCACGUUUCAUACUGGAGGGCUCGCUGGAGACCUUAGAUCAAGGUCAGAAUGCCCGUUUUGGCUCAGCAUUGGCCCCCGUGCCUGAUAUUAAUGGGGAUACAUUUAAUGAUGUGGUGGUGGGAGCUCCACUAGAGGAUGACCACAAAGGGGCCAUUUAUAUCUACCACAGCCAACGCAAUAGAGUACUGAAGAAAUACAAACAGAGGAUUGGUGCAAUUCAGCUAGCCCCUGGUCUGCAGUACUUUGGUCGCAGUAUCCAUGGGAAAAUGGAUAUGAAUGGAGAUGGCCUGGUGGAUCUGGCCGUGGGCUCCCUUGGGGCAGCAGUUCUUCUUUGGUCUCGAAGUGUUGUCCGCAUCCACGCCACUGUCCGAUUUGAGCCCAGCAAGAUCAAUAUAUUCAAUAAAGACUGUCGGAGAGGAGGGAAGGAUGUGACUUGCAUGUCAGCUAUUGUAUGUCUCAAUGUCACAGCCCGGACUCCUAUCAGAGCCUCACAGGAAAUAGCUCUCAGAUACAGUGCGUUCAUUGAGGAGAAGCGCUUUAACCCUCGAGCUGUGUUUGAUGACCCAGAUCGGCAACAGCCACAGAAUCUCACACUGCUUCCUGGAGAGGAGACAUGUGACCACAUCUACUUCCACGUCAUGGAGACUACAGAUUAUGCCAGACCCAUCAUAUUCACUGUAGAGACAGGCCUACUGGACCAAGACAAAGGACCAACUCUGGAUGACAGCUGGCCAACUGCUGUAAAAACACAGCUUCCCUUCUGGAAUGGAUGUGACGAAGAUGACCAUUGUGUCCCAGACUUGGUGUUACAAUCUCAGACGGAUCUAAUGAAUCACAAGCAGUUCUGUGCACAGGCAUUUCGUGCGGGUAGUGUGUUAUGUCGGAGUCAGACUUUAGCAGAACCUUCUGAGCGCAUUAUGGAGGGAUCCAGAAGAAGGAUGGUAGUUGAUGUGCAUCUAGAAAACAGAGGAGAGAAUGCUUAUGGAGCCAAACUAAACAUCUCUUAUACUUCAAACCUACGCUUCUCCAGCCUUAUAGUAAAGGAUAACUCUGAUAUACAUAUAGACUGCCGUGGUGAGAACAGGCAAAAAUAUGAGAAAUCUUGCAACAUCAGUGCACCUUUUAUGAGAGCAAAGACACAGGUAACAUUUCGCUUGGAAUUGGAAUUCAGUCACUCAGUGCUGCUGGACCAUUUACGACUCAUUCUGGAGGUUACCAGUGAGGGUGAGGAAGUUGCCUUACACAACAACAUUAAUGACAUUUUCUACACACUGAAAUAUGAGGCUGAUCUGCUCUUCACAAGAGAUUUCUACCCAACCCGAUAUGAACUUAAACCUGAACUUUCUCUGGAGGAACAAGGCGAUGUCAACCCUCCUUUUAACUUUACCUUUCAGAUUCAGAACCUUGGUUAUUUCCCUGUCCAAGAUUUGCAACUGUACAUUGCUAUCCCUGAAGUCACAAAGAAUGGCAAUCAGCUCUUGCAGAUCAGGGAUUUCCACAUAGACCAGGUAAGUGGAAGUCACUGUAUCCCCCCUCAGCAUAUGGCACACAGUCGGGCCACUCCAGAGGAUCUCUCCCGAAUAUCUCGACUGAACUAUUCCAACACCCUGGCAGUGCCAGUGCAGUGUACAUUAAACCUGCCUUCCUACAGAGACGUGAGUGUGAAAAUUGGUGGAUCCCUCCGCACUGAUGCACUUCAUGCUCUGAAGUUCAAAACCCUUGAGCUGGUGACGACAGCCUCAGUGGAGCUGAGCCCCUCCAGUCCCAUGUUUCUGCAUGAGGAGAGGCCAGUCAGACACAUAAUCCUUGAGAUUAGGAAAGAGGAGGAUUACCGUGUUCCCAUCUGGAUUAUCAUAGGCAGUACACUUGGUGGCUUGUUACUUCUCUCUCUCCUUAUUUUGGCACUUUGGAAGUUGGGUUUUUUCCAAAGGCAGAAACGACAUGAGGAGGCAGAGAAUGAGGCCAAUGGCAAGAUGAUGGAAGAGCGAUAGCGCAGGCUGCUUAUGAGGGUAGACAGGCCUACUUCUCAGGGACCAACCCACAGCAACAUUAGACGUCUCUGAAACAGAGAGAGAGAGGGGGACUGAGAGACUGGAAGAAAUAGAGAAAAAGUAGGACUUGUGGCAAUGAAGAAAGAGGAGGGAUAUGCUCUGUGCACUUGACGAUCUGAUGUACAACCAUGAAAAACACUGCAAUGACCCUCACCAUGCCUGCACUGCUUACUGAGCCGACCCUAUAUGGGUCUCCAUCUCACUUUUCACCCCAGAUCCAAACCCUCUUAGGGCCUGAAGAUCACAGCAUCUUAAAGGACAUUCUCUGAGAGACAGUUUCAAAAGCAAAAAUUACUAAAGGAAAGCUUGUGAGGGGAAAAUGUAUUGAAAGGAAAGAAUUUUGGAAACACCAGACUCUUUUCACAUGGUCUUUGUGGUCUGUUCACAUGGUCUUCACAUCUGAACCUUGGCUAAAUCCAAUGUCUGACUCUGCAAAUACACAAGAGAAACCUCAAAGGGAUAUGACUGUCUAAAACAGCCAUAUUUUCUGGUGCUUCUUUGUUGACAAAAAAAAAAAAUAAAGGACAUCUUAGUAAAAGAAAGAGGGGAAAGAAGUGCACAAUUUAGCUUAACAAAUGUAAUAAACGUGUUUAUAAUA